UAAAUUUGCAUCCUAGAGUUAAUUAAUUUUCUCAUCCCAUAACCAUUUUUGUGUGUAAAUGGAGCUCCGUAAAUGGAAAAUACGAGCUCCAUUACACAUCUUCGUCGCCGUGACAUUAUUCCUCCUUCAGCUUUUGGCCGCCAAUGCCAACAUUGAUCACAGCGCGCAAUCCUCAGUGUCAGCGACGAGUAGUCGGCUUUUGGCAUCGCCACGGUCGUUCACGGGGAGACCAUCCACGUGGAGGUCCAGGUGGAGGAGAAGACGACGUCGUAACAAAGUCAACAGAGCUAGCAGAGAGUUUUUAUUCGCGCAUAACGUCGUGCGAGCGCGCGUGGGAGAGCCACCGCUUCAGUGGGACGGGAGAUUAGCUGCUUACGCGCGCGCGUGGGCGAACCAACGCGUGGGAGAUUGUAGGCUUGUUCAUUCUAACGGUCCGUACGGAGAAAACAUAUUUUGGGCUUCUCAAAAUACAUGGAGGCCAAGAAAUGUUGUUAAAGUGUGGGCCGAUGAGAAUAGAUUCUAUGACGUGAAUGCCAACUCGUGCGAGCCGCACCAAAUGUGCGGACACUACACGCAGAUCGUGUGGAGAGAUAGCACCAAGGUUGGGUGCGCUAGUGUGGAUUGCUCCAACGGUGGCGUUUACGCGAUUUGUGUUUAUAACCCACCGGGAAAUUACGAAGGCGAAAAUCCUUUCGGAAGCUAUAAAGGUCUGGUAGGUCUUGUCCGGGACGAUCCACCAGCGGUGAUCGGAGGAAUGGCUUAAGAGCAGUGGCAUAAUCCAUGUUUUUUAGUUAUUUUUAUUUCUUUUUCCACUACUUAUUUUUUGGAAUAAACUUUACCUUGGGUUUAUCCAGUGGAACAAUCAUCUAAUAAAAUAAACAAGAAGUUUAUCAUUUCGAUUGGGAUUAGAUGUAAUCAAUGACAAAUACGUAGGUAAAUUAAGUGGAGCUAAACGUUCAAACAUGGAGAAGGAGAACCAAAA